UGUUUCCUGGGGGGAAGGAUGAGCGGCGGGGACAACUUCUCUUAUUUCGGUGUUCAAAUAACAUUUCGCUUCUCCUCCUUUUGUGUGUUGCGGGAAUCCCUAUUCUCCUUUCGCUGCUAGUGGACUAAAGUCAAACUGUCUGUGUCGGUCUUCCAGAGGACAGCGAGGGAUUGAGUGAUUGUUGGUAUUGAAAUGUCUUCAAAACCGACCUGUCUGAUCGUGACCAGCGCCGCUCCGGAGGGAGUGUCUGCCCAGUCGUUUCUCCAGGCUUUCAGUCUCUGCAGCUCCGCUUUCAAUGUGCAGACGGCAACACCAGGGGGCAAGGCUAUUGAUUUUGUGGGUGUGGACGAGACCAGUGCCCGCUGGGUGCAGGAUUUCAGCGUUAAGCCCUACGCCAAUCCAGCCAAACUGGAGUCAAUUGACGGCGCCCGGUACCAUGCCCUGCUGAUCCCAGACUGUCCCGGGGCGCUGACGGACCUGGCCCACAGCGGAUCGCUGGCCAGGAUUCUGACCCACUUCAGCUCUGAGCAGAAGCCGGUGUGUGCGGUGGGCCAGGGCGUGGCGGCGCUGUGCUGUGCCACCGAGGGGCAGGCCUGGAUCUUCAGAGGGUACAGCCUCACAGGGCCCUCAGUCUGCGAGCUGGUGCGCCGCCUGGACUUCGCCAGCCUGCCGCUGAUCGUGGAGGACUUCGCCAAGGACUGCGGCGCCGCCUACGCCGCCAGUCAGGAGGACGCCGUCCACAUCGUUCUGGACCGGCACCUGAUCACGGGUCAGAACUCUCAGUCCACUGCAGCUGCAGUCAACAACCUGAUCCUGCUCUGUGGCAGCAGGAAGUGAUGCCGCCCUCGGGACCCGUCUGUCUCCCCCAUCCCCCACCCCCCUCCAACCCUGGACAGAGAACAUGUGUCCAGCUGGACUGUGUGCUGACCGCUGCUGGACUGGCCUGCAGGAGUGUCCAGCUGGACUGUGUGCUGACCGCUGUUGGACUGGCCCGCAGGAGUGUCCAGCUGGACUGUGUGUUGACUGCUGCUUGACUAGCCAGCAGGAGUGUCC